CCGGGACCAACGACAGAUAGGACAAAAUGCACUUUGUUCUUGCCAUUAAAACCUAUCUACUCUUUCGCUGUCAUUGAAGUAGAAUUCCCUUCCUUGCCAGCAAUAAUAAUCGAUUUUUAACCCUUUGAAAGCCAUGAUUUCAACCCACGGAUAAAUCGGCCAUGAUGCUCAGCUUCGCAUUUUCCAGUCUGGUGUCGCACAACGGUGCGAGAAUGCAGCUCGCUAUGCAACCCAUGGUAUUGGGCGAUGGCCAUGACCGGGGGUCGAGCCUUGCCAACCUGCGCAAACAUGUUUAAUAUCUACUGCUUGGUCCGGCUUUCGAGCUGAACGUGUUCAUCAUCCCCAGUAAAAUCUUCGCGUCAACGACUCUGUGAUGGAGAGUGAACAACCGAUAGACUUGGAAUGGCUUGCUGACUUGUCCAAAGGUCAAUCAUUUACAACCUUUGGACAAUCCCAAUCUGCAAAGACUUUCGAUUUCGGAGACGAUGGCUUUACUGCUUCUCUGUCAGAAGGGAAUGAGCUGCUCCAACUCACUCGGCCAGAUCCUACUUGUGGUCUCAUUUUCGUCAGAGGAAACUAUCCUGACAGCGCAGCCUCCAUGCUAGCCCGAGCUCAAAACCAGCAGCUGCAUGAGGCUCAGAACAACGACACCUUUGGAACCAAUCUGGUUCCAGAGAGUCCCCAGACGCCAUCUUCGCCCUGGGCCGUGAGUGCCGCAGACCGAAAAAGUCAGGGAUGGGUCAACUUUCGUUGGCCUUACGCCCAAUAUGUGCUUUUUCAUCUGGAUGCUGCCAAGGGUUUCUAUCGUGAGAUUGGAAGCUGGGACACCAUAUCAUUUGUUAAAGACAAAAUCUUCUUUCAGAUUCACCGUCUGAGUUUGGGGGUUGGCAGUUCAGCCACCAGCGAUGACCACCAAGAUGACGUGGCACGUGCGAGGUUCAAAAGAGGAGGACCAGUUCGAUUCGGGUGCCCAUGUUCUCAGAAUGAUAUUCAUCGACAAGUUGACACAUAUACUAUCACGAACAAUGCCAACAUUGUGUCCUGCAGAAGCAGCAACUAUCGCACAAGAAUCGAAAUGACAUUUUCGGUCAAUGGCAUACUCCAACCUCCCACCUUCCUCAACCCCUGCGACACAGCUGCAGACGUUGAAUGGGUUGACAUGACGAGUGAGGUCGAGGUUGACAUUCGAGUCGGAGAGCCCACAUAUGUUGUGUCAACCUACGCCAUACGUACUGAGGAUGGGGUUGAGCACGACCCUUCGCUUCCGGCCGACCUCGCAGACUAUCUGGGCGUCAGCCGUGGGUCGGUCAAUAUGACCGACAGACUCUUCACAAGCCUAUGCGCAGCGAACUACGAAGCGAUUGAAGCGGUGGAAUUUUGCGUCAUCGGCAGGGGCGUGGAACAGAUACUGGGUGUCACAUCAAUUCCGACCUCGAGUUCGCAUCCCACGAGCCCAAGUUUCUUACAUGAACUAGGAGAAAAAGCUCUGAUAGGGAAUAUCAUGACACGUCAGUUUGUCGACGUGGAAAGCGCCUUUUAUCAAAUACGGCUUCUCGCCAAACUGCAUAGAUUCAUUGACUCUAGAGACUUGAAAAGGGAUUUCUUGAACCAGUAUCUGGAGCUGGAAAAGAUCCGGCAGGCCUACCUUGACAAGCUCACAGCUGCCAUUCAGGGUGCACUUGCCUGGUUGUUCGCCACAGAUCUCAAGCCAGGGAGACUCCUUCUCGCAGUCCACAGUGAGCCCUCCAAUAUUUCUGACGGCCCAGUUUUUGAAAGGUUCAAAAGGUGCGCUGGGAAACGAUCCGCCUUCAGCUGGGACACGACAUACAACCGUGGCUGCUAUGCCACCAUGGCCGCCUGGUACGCCUACAGGGCAUGUCCUUCUGCAUUUCAUACAAGGUUCAUAAGCGAGAUCAUCGUCCCCAGGUUACCUGUAGCAUACCACCUCGGCAUGGAGCGGGCAAAUCGCGAUAAGCAACCGACUCCCAAAAGCAAUGUGCUGCAAUGGCUACAUCUCAGCUCUAUCUUGCUGCUCUAUGACGAGCUGGGUUGUGCGGAAUACGAUCUCGACAUUGAUGUUGACGAGGUAAGAGAGACCCAAGAAAGAGCUGAAAAAAAUGUCUCGCGUCUCAAAACCAACCAGCACGGUGGGUGGAAAGCACAUCAUGACGAGCUUGACAGGGCUCUCCUCCUGGCCGAGGAGAUGCAGCUGGACCGAUUGACGCACAGCAGCCGGUCCUACAAUUUAGCGGUUUCUCGAGCCAAACAAACCAGGCAAAGGAUCCGCGACCGCAAACGGACGGCAAAAUUCUUGCCCGGACCAAAGCCGUGGAUGGCUAUAAGAGGACUUGGCAACGGGCCAUGGGAGCUACACAGCACCAACCACGAAGCAUACCUGAGAGUCGCCGAUAUCACCAACGUCCCAUCUGCCCGAGACAGGCUGUUUGAAUUUCUGUUGUCGGAUUACUCCUUCAUGACCUCUUGGGACUGGGCAGAUGGUAACAUGGUAGGCCGAUGGUGGGACAUCCAGCCUAUCGCGAUGAUAUGCGCCACCUUGCUGGAUUUGAAAUAUGAAGGGAAGCUGCAGGCUGCGCAAGCCAAGAAACCAGUCGGGGAUGAUGAGCACCCUCAGUCUCUCGACCGCCGAACGGACACACUCAGAUCCGACGAUCUAAAUAGCAGCGAGAUUUUGCCACGACAGCCCAAAAUAUCCGGCGAGAUUGUUAACAUGGAAGCCAUGUUAUUCAAGCUUAUUCAGUCGGUGGAGGAGUCCCGUGGAAGUGAAAUGGCCAAGUCUUUUGACUGGAUAUCGCAACGACCACCAAACCCUUGCUUUCCUGCCUGGUAUACCUUACCUCGUUCACCACCUUCCUCGCCAACAACACAACUUCCACUUGUUACCCUGAUACCGGAGCUAAAGGCUUAUCUUCCUGACCAUGGGCCCGAAUUGUCAUCCAUUCAAAAAGUAGUGACCGACACGAUGACCUCUGAUGACGACUGUGUAGCCUUGCGUAUGAUUUGUUUGUGGGAUAUCACCCAUGGGUCUCCGUUAGAUUUCAGCUUCCAAGUCAAACCCGUCACCUGGACGACUAUCCCCAGGUCAACCUAUUCAUCUCGGGACAGAUCCUUGAAACAGCGUCUAAACAGUCGUCUCGUCGAUCUAGGAAUAAGGCACAGAAUCCUUCUAUUCCCCAUACUUACACUUUUUAACGCAGCUGGACUCUGCUAUCUCUGGCACGAUGCCGCGGCUUUUCACUUGAGAGAUCACUUUGGCUCAGUGUCACGGUUCACUGACAGUAAGAAGGGACCGACGGGGUGGAUUACAAGCAUUAAUAUCUCGCACUGGACUCUUCGGUCUCAGGCUGAAGUGAAAGAAGAUCCGUAUCGUGAACGUCACCGCCAGCACGGCAACUUCCCACCUGACAACAUUGCUGAGCUCGGGGUUGGUAUCGACACAAAAUACAUGGUCGAAGAGAGAUCAUCAUCCAUAAUCUUUACGGGACAUCAUUCUGGUCGUCUGUGGGUCUGCUCGAUCAUCUCACCAACGGUCAAAUGGAAUUAUCUCGAAAGUCUCAUCUCCAAUUACACCCAACCACUCCUGGCCAACUUUGUUCAUCAGCCAUCGACCGCAAGGUGUCUGGUGUUCCUGAUGUUCCUAGGACAUCUGUGCGAGACGUUGGCGGAUGAGUAUGAGAAGCUUCUCUUGCAACUCGAUGGCAUAAUCGAAAUCAGGGACCGUACGCUGUUUGAAGGCCCCGAAGACUGGUGGGGAACGGCGGAAGCAAUCAACAAGCUCAAAAAGAUGCUCUGGGGUUGGGACGCACUCAGAAUCUUUAAUGACAAGCUCUCCGCCUCUUUGACACAAAUCCAGAGGGCACACGACACCAUGGAUAAUAUUAUCAAGCAGGAGACAUCGUAUCAAGAUGCAGAACUUGUCCAAGAGGCGAAUACUGUCGUGGAUGAGUUUCGAAAACGGCAUGGCUUGCUUAUUGACGUCCACGACAAGACGCAGUUGAAGAUCAAACAGGUCACCGGUCUACGCGACGGCAUCUCCACCAUCACCAAUGUGGUUGACGCCCAAACCGCCUUGGAGGACAACAAGACGACAAUACAGCAAGGGAACAACAUCAGGACCCUGACCUAUAUCACGAUUGGCUAUUUACCGCUUGGAUUUGUCACGGGUCUGUAUUCUGUACAACAUGGCACCUUCAUGAACUCGGCCACAGACUGGCAGUUUGGCGUCAUGAUUGUUUUGUUCUCCCUUGGCACCUGGAUACUCGCGUACGCCCUCGAAAAAGCACUUGUGCGCGUCGACUGGAACAUCAUCAGGGGACACUUUGACCUGAAUCAACUGCGAUGGGCGUUCAAGUGGCCCGCCAAACCCACUCGAGAUGGCGGCCAGGAUCAAGGUCCGUCUGGUCUGGCAUGA